GAGCCGCCGCGGGAGGCCCCGCCAUGGGCCAGCGAGAAUCCAGGACAAGAGCGACGGGGCGGGCCGGAGCCGGAGGAGGGCCACGGCGCAGACCAGUGGGCUGCCUGGAGCCGGUCCUGCCGGGAGUUGGCUUGCGGCGUUCAGUUCCUCAGCUCGGGUAGCUCUGGCGGAGUCUGCGCGAUGGGCGACCCGGAAAGGCCGGAAGCGGCCGGGCUGGAGGAGGAUGAGCAGUUGUCUUCGGAUACAAGCGCAGUUGAGGUGAGGUCAAAUGAAGAGCCACUCCUCAGAAAGAGUUCCCGCCGGUUUGUCAUCUUUCCAAUCCAGUACCCCGAUAUUUGGAAAAUGUACAAACAAGCACAGGCAUCUUUCUGGACAGCAGAAGAGGUUGACUUAUCAAAGGACCUCCCUCACUGGAACAAGCUUAAAUCAGAUGAGAAGUAUUUCAUCUCCCACGUCUUAGCCUUUUUUGCAGCCAGUGAUGGAAUUGUCAAUGAAAACUUGGUGGAGCGUUUCAGUCAGGAGGUGCAGGUUCCAGAGGCCCGCUGUUUCUAUGGCUUUCAGAUUCUCAUCGAGAAUGUUCAUUCAGAGAUGUACAGUUUACUAAUAGAUACUUACAUCAGAGACCCAAAGAAAAGGGAAUUUUUGUUUAAUGCAAUUGAAACAAUGCCGUAUGUUAAGAAAAAAGCAGACUGGGCCCUGCGCUGGAUAGCAGAUAGGAAGUCUACUUUUGGGGAGAGAGUGGUGGCCUUCGCCGCCGUGGAAGGCAUUUUCUUCUCUGGGUCAUUUGCUGCUAUAUUCUGGCUGAAGAAGAGAGGCCUCAUGCCCGGACUCACCUUUUCAAAUGAGCUGAUCAGCAGGGAUGAGGGACUUCAUUGUGACUUUGCUUGCCUGAUAUUUCAAUACUUGGUGAAUAAGCCUUCAGAAGGAAGGGUCAGGGAGAUCAUUAUGGAUGCUGUUAAAAUUGAGCAGGAAUUUUUAACAGAAGCCUUGCCUGUUGGCCUCAUUGGGAUGAACUGUGUUUUGAUGAAACAGUACAUUGAGUUUGUAGCUGACAGGUUGCUUGUAGAACUUGGGUUCUCAAAGGUUUUUCAGGCAGAAAAUCCCUUUGAUUUUAUGGAAAACAUUUCAUUAGAAGGGAAAACAAAUUUCUUUGAGAAACGAGUUUCUGAGUAUCAGCGCUUUGCAGUCAUGGCGGAAACCACAGAUAAUGUCUUCACCUUGGAUGCAGAUUUUUAAAGCCCUCCUCAUCUAAAACAAUACAGUAGAAGCCGGGGAUGGUUGCACACACCUUUAAUCCCAGCACUCAAGGGAGGCCAAGGCAGGUGGAGUUUGAGGACUGUCAGGGCUACAUAUAGAAUAGAGAUCUGUCUCAAAACCAAGAGAAUAAUAGCAAAAGCAAGCUAACAAAGAAAACCACAUAGAAACCUGUCAUUGGUAAAUAGCAAUUUAUUUUCUGAUCUUUUGAAACCGAGCCUUUCCUUUAAGGGAAUGGGAGUUUGAGUAGAAGGAAAUGUAAAACUAAAUUCUAAACGAUUGAUUUAUCUAAACGCACUUCAGUUAUUUAUAUAAUGAGAGCGUGUGGCCUAAAUGCCUGUUUUGUUUGUUUGUUUUAUCAUGAGCACAAAGAGCAAUAAGAGCAUGGACAUUCUACCCUUACUCCUUUGUGUGACCUUGGUGGGUCAGUUACCCACUGUAAACUUCAGGGCACUUAUCUGUAAAAUUUGUGUAAUAGCAAGUCCCAAACUCAUGGGGUGACAGAAGGAUUAAUACACAGAAGUAAAUUUCCCUCCACUGCCUUGACUACUAAUUAAUAUUAAUGAUAAGAUUAACUGCAGUGACAUUGUGAUGAAAUACACUCCAAAGUGAUUGUGAUUCUAGGUUAGAUGGAGAUUUAGAAUUCAUUAGAUUUUUGUGCUUUUAAUGCUUGCAGGAAGAAUAUAAAAAUAUGAAAUCCUUAGAGAGGUCACGAUUCUCAUCAACCUCUCUGCAUUUCUCAAUCUGCAGUAGAGAAUGUAGCUUGUAAUUGCUUAGGGUGGAAAGCUAUGGAGGAGAUCCAGAAGUUACCAUGGUUGUGGACCUUGUAAACAAAGCGAUUCUUCUUCAGGAAUUAAAAAGAUAACUAUUGGCAGGUGCAGUCCUGGAAUGUUUAGAACCAACAUAGAUGAGCAUUUCCCAAAGUCAUAUUCUCAGAACUGGUAGAUCUUCCGGAGUUUUUGUGAUAGAAAUAGAGAUUUAGUGGGAAAUGCUGCGCACUUCAUCCCUUCUUAGAAUGUCCAGUCAGCACAGCAGCUGGGGUGGUGGGUACGGAAGCCUUCGCCUUGCUGUCCCCAGGUACUCACAGGAGUCUGCCAACAGCUCCCACAGCAGAGUGCACUGGGAAAGCCGGCCCAGAAUUGUUUAUACACACUGAAAAUGGACAAAACGGGGAGGGUAGGACUAUUGGACCAUUGCAGAUUUAUGCCAAGCUGAGAGAGCUGUUUAAGAUUGGCCUCAUCUGUGUGUCUUUAUACUUUUACAUCUCUUUACAAUGUUAUAAAGGAAUGUUCUUUUAGUGGAAGUGUGCUAUGCUGUAUAAUAAGACGAUGGGGGAGAUGGAAGUCCUUAGGAAAGAUUCAGGAAAGGCCAGGAGCCAGGACACCUGAACAGUGUGCCCCUCUUUGCUUUCAGGAAGCCCCAAGAGGAAACCUAAGCCCCAUAAAACCCUGGUUCCUACUCAGGGAAGUGCCUGCUGCCCAGACAUGAGGGCCUGAGUCCAGAUCCCUAACACCUACAUAAAAACCAUAGCAGCACGCACUCAUACGCCAUACACUUGCACAUGCACACACAUGCAGACACACAAAGUACAAAUAAAAUCCUGGAAACUGAAAUUCAGAGA